AUGAUGUGUAGAUGUUAUUGGAAGUGGCGGCUCUCCCGGCUGCUUCGGGCGGUCGGAAUGCAGCGCGGGGUGCGGGCGGGGGCCGCUGCUGCCGCCGCGACGUUCGCUGCUGCCCGCCUCGCCAGUUCGCCGCGCGCCACACGACUCGACUGUUGUUAUUACGAGCGCGCCGCAACAUCUCUCCCGCCCGCACGCUGGUAA